GCGAGGCGCUGGUGGCCUGGCACUGUCUCCAAACGCCUAGGCCAGGGGCCAUUGUGCUCCGCCCCUCCCCGUGCGACUAAUAAGCGCUCUCUCCAGGGUCAAGGUCGGGUGGAAGUCACACUGGGCUUCUAAGUCAAACCCUACUCGGAAAAUGCCUCUGCCUGGUCUAGCCUGGCCUAACAACCAGCCAGACCUACUCACUGCGCUCUGCCGGGGACCCCCAGGCUGUCACCGGUCCCUCCCAGCCGACCCCCGCCUAGCACGGCCGGCCACUUGGGCUCUCCCAGGUCUCCCGGCCCAGCUCUGCCGGCUCAGGGGCGGCCCCUUCCGGAGGGCAGCCUCCAGGCGACUGCGCGGUCCUAGGGAGCCUCGGGAUGCCAUUACUCCGGAGCUGCAGCUCUUGCUGGAGAACUCUCCACAGCCCAGUUCUCCAAAUGCCUGCACCGGAAAGGGAGGGGGGUGGGAAGAGAUGAAGAGAGCGACAGAGCCGGAGACUAGAAGGAGGAAGGGGGUGAGGAAAAAAAAGACAUUUUUGAAAAAGAGAAAGGAGCAACAGGAGACUAUUUCCCGGCCCCUUUUCUGGGAAAAACCUAAGGUGUAUCAAGGCGUCCGUGUGAAGAUGACCGUGAAAGAGCUUCUGCAGCAAAGAAGGGCACACCAGGCCGCCUCAGGGGCAAACCUGUCAGGAAGCAGCGGUCUCCACCUUCCAGACACUACCGUGCCAUCUUCCACAGGACUGUAUUUUGAGCCUGAACCAACGUCUUCCACGCCCAGUUAUUUUCAACCCCGAGAAUUUUCCACCUGUGUCUCUUGUGAAGAAAGCCCUAGCUGCCUCGACCAGAUCUUCGAGUCCUACCUUCAGACAGACACACUCCCGGAGCCUUUGCUCAACUCUGCACAAAUUGCUCCCCACUAUUUCCCAGAGGGCUGUCAAGUGGCCCCUUUCUGCCACAACCAGAGCCUGAUUCCAGGAUCACCUUCCGAUUCCUCCAGUCUCUCUGGCUCCUUUGACUGCAGUUACUCGCCAACUCAGCUGCCUUCCUACACUCCAGAAAAUUACAGCUCUCCUCCUUCUCUGGAUUCCCUACACUCCAGCCUCCCAGAAGACGGCUACUUCUGCCAGCAUUGGCCUUCUUACCCCCAGUACAACCUCUCGUCCCCAGCCACCCCCUCCUCUGUCUGCUACUACACAUCCUGUGAGACAGAGCACUUGGAUGCCCUCAGAACCACAGAGUUCUUCUACUCAGGCAUGGACUGUGUGGACUUUGCCCCUCCGGUGGCCACCACUGGCGAUUUCUAUAAGAGGGAGACAAGCUGUGACGCCUGCUAUAGUUAGUAGAAACCAGACUAGAAUGUUUCAUGGGUGUAUCUCUUUCUCUACUGCACCUUGAUGACACUUCAACCAUUCAACCCUUUCACAAACUACCCCACAUACGGUUUACGUUCCACCAUUUUCAAUCACCUGAUAGCUAGUGUAGGAAUCAACACAAUGCCCCCAAACCUGGUCUUGUGACAGUCUUAUUUUAUACACUCACUGUUAACAUUUUUUUUGUAUGGAUUUUUCCAGUGCCUUCCUUCUCAGUAUAACAAACAAACUCUUUUGUAAACUAAUAAAUAACUUUGUAUAAUACAUGU